CGUCUUCGUCUGCCCCCUCGAACGCGUUGCGGAGGCACAGCGAAGCCGCCGAAGAGAAAUGGCCGCCGCUCUCCUCCUACGCCGCCUCCUCCGCUCCGCCACUCCCUCCUCCCCGCCCCUCCUCUCAAAGCUUCCUCUCCCUUCUAGAACCUUCCCCUCCCCCUUCCCCCGCCUCUUCUCCGCCUCCGCCGCCUCCUCCCCCGCCGCCGCCGCCGCCGCACCCGCGGCGGGGAGCACCGACGCCCUUGACGCGUCCCGGCUCCGGAACGUCGCCGUGAUAGCCCACGUCGACCACGGGAAGACGACGCUCAUGGACCGCCUCCUCCGCCAGUGCGGCGCCGACCUCCCCCACGAGCGCGCCCUCGACUCCAUCAGCCUCGAGCGCGAGCGCGGCAUCACCAUCGCGUCCAAGGUCACUUCCAUUUCAUGGAGGAAUAAUGAGCUCAACAUGGUUGACACACCUGGUCACGCGGACUUUGGUGGUGAAGUUGAGCGUGUUGUUGGGAUGGUCGAAGGAGCAGUCUUGGUUGUUGAUGCAGGAGAAGGACCCCUUGCACAAACAAAGUUUGUUCUGGCGAAAGCUCUGAGAUAUGGGCUUCGCCCAAUUCUCCUUCUGAACAAAGUUGAUAGGCCUUCAGUUUCAGAAGAGACAUGCAAUGAGGUUGAGAGUUUGGUCUUUGAUCUUUUUGCUAACCUUGGUGCAACAGAGGAACAGCUAGAUUUUCCGGUUCUUUAUGCUUCUGCUAAAGAAGGUUGGGCUUCCUCAACAUUCACGAAAGGUCCUGCAGAGGAUGCAAGGAACAUGUCAGCAUUACUUGAUGCUAUAGUAAAGCAUGUCCCUCCUCCAAAUGCAAACCUUGAGGCUCCCUUUCAGAUGUUGGUUUCUAUGAUGGAGCGUGAUUUCUAUCUUGGACGAAUACUUACAGGACGCAUAACAUCAGGAAUUGUUCAUAUUGGAGAUAAAAUACAUGGCCUUCGAUGCACAGAUGAUGGAGUCCAGAAGAUUGAGGAAGGAAAGGUUGUUAAGCUUAUGAAAAAGAAGGGCACAAGUACUGUCAUAAUUGACUGUGCUGGGGCUGGGGACAUAGUUUCAAUGGCUGGAUUAAUGACUCCAUCUAUAGGGCACACUGUUGCAAAUGUGGAGGUCAUGACUGCUCUGCCAACUAUUGAGUUGGAUCCCCCAACUAUUUCUAUGACAUUUGGUGUCAAUGAUUCUCCAUUGGCUGGCCGCGAUGGAACCCAUUUAACUGGAGGAAAAAUAGGUGACCGUUUGAUGGCAGAAGCAGAGACAAACUUGGCAAUUAAUGUUCUUCCUGGACCAAUGUCAGAAUCCUAUGAAGUCCAAGGGAGAGGAGAGCUUCAGCUGGGUAUUUUAAUUGAAAACAUGAGGCGUGAGGGGUUUGAACUCUCUGUUUCUCCCCCAAGAGUCAUGUAUAAAACUGAGGGUGGUGAAAAGCUGGAACCCAUAGAAGAAGUGACAAUUGAGGUAAAUGAUGAACAUGUGGGCCUCGUCAUGGAAGCCCUUUCACAUCGGCGGGGUGAGGUGGUUGACAUGGGCCCUGUUCCUGGUUGUGAUGGGAGGACUCGAAUUUCUUUGUCCUGCCCAUCUAGGGGCCUAGUUGGCUAUAAAGGUGUGUUUAGCAGCGAUACACGUGGCACUGGAUUCAUGCACCGUGCUUUCCAGUCUUAUUCAAAAUAUCGAGGCCUACUUGGGAAUGUUAGGAAAGGGGUAUUGGUAUCAGUGGGCAAUGGAAUUGUCACAGCACACGCCCUUAUGAGUUUAGAAGCACGUGGAACUCUCUUUGUUGCUCCUGGUGUGGAGACAUACGAGGGCAUGAUAGUUGGUGAACACUCGCGUGAUUCUGAUCUUGAUGUGAACCCUGUGCGAACAAAAGAAUUGACAAACAUCCGUGCACCGGGAAAGGAUGAAAAUGUCCGGCUAUCUCCACCUCGACUGAUGACUCUGGAAGAGGCAAUUGGAUAUGUCGCUUCAGAUGAGCUUAUCGAGGUAACUCCCAAGGCUAUCAGGUUGCGAAAGAGAUAUCUCGACGCCAAUAAGCGUAAGAUGAUGAGAAAUAAGCCAAAAGAUUGAAACAACACUAGGAUACAUUCUCUUACCUUUUCACCUAUAGAAUUCAAUGGCCUCCAAAGGUACAUGAUAUUUAUUCAUAAUUUAUUUUGCCACGCAAAAUUUUGAUAUUGUUUAACAUGUUGCAUGAGAAGAAAACAAAGUUACCCCUUUCAUUGAUUUUACUGUUUUUGACAUGUGAAGGUGAACUGCAAUAGAAUAAACCUGGGCUUUUUAGCUGCUGUUAACAUUUUGAAAGGAUGUAUUAUCAAUAACAUUAUCCUUAAAAGGAUGGAUAAGCACUAGGGCUUUAUAUGGAGCUUGAGGUGUAAUAAAUUUAUUUUCUUCUGUGUUUGUUAUUAUUAUUAUUAUUAUUAUUAUUAUCAUCA